AUGUUGCAAAAUCAAACAAAUCGGCCAAUUCAUAAUUCAGCACCAAAUACUGCUAAUGGUCAUGAAUAUUACGAAGGAAAUCAGCAGCAGCAGCAGCAGCAGCGAGAGGAGAGAGAGCAGCAGCAGCAGCAGCAGCAGCAACAGCAGCAGCAUUUGCAUGAGGACUGGGAAGAGUUUGGAUCUCCAGUAGAUACACCCCGCUACCCAAUGCAACAGGAACAUAUGCAGCAGCAGCAGCAGCAGCAAGGGGUGUCGCAGGUGGAGGAAGUGCAGCAGCAGCAGCAAGAGCAGCAGCAGCAGCAGCAGCAGGACUUUGCUCCUAUUUCUAUACCGCUGCCUCCUAGUCCUUUAGCAACAGCAGCAGAAUCACCCUUCGAACCAGCAACAGCAGCAGCAGCAGCAGCAGCAGAAACAGCAACAGCAGCAUCAGCAGCAGCAGCAGCAGAAGCAGCUGUACAUGGUCUCAUGGAGUUGGGAACUAAUGAUGACCGUCUUGAUGUAGGGGCGCAUGAAGCAGCAGAAGAGCAGCACACAGCUGCUGCUGCUGCUGCUGCUGCCUCGUUGCAGCAGCAGCAGCAGCAGCAGCAGCAGCAGCAGGUGGUCGGACACCCGACAAGACAGCCAAAGAAAGGAGAUGUUGCUUCGUCGCAAGACAGACAAAUGCAUGCAAAGCCCCGAAGAGAGGAAGCCACAGCAGCCACAGCAGCACCAGCAACUACUGCUGCUGCUAUUGCUCCUGCUCCUCCUGCCGCUGCAGGCCCACCAGCAGCAGCAGCAGCAACAGCAGCAGAAGCAAUUCCUGGAGCAGCAGCAGCAGCAGCAACAACAGUACCCUUGCCGCUGCGGUGCAUGCAACUAAAGGGUUUGGGGCUGCGUGUGCUGCCUGAGGGAAAGGGCGCAUGCAAAGGCAGUGCUCAUACAUCUGCUGCUGAUGAUGCAGCAGAUACAGCAGCAGCAGCAUCAGCAGCACCUGCUGCUGCUGCUGCUGCUGCAAGCAGCGACAGCAAACCCCCACAGUCAGGAGAAGAGACAAGCACAGCAUAUAAAGGGGAAGGCAGUGACCCCACAAACACAACAGGGCUCCUGCAGCAGCAGCACCAGCACCAAUGGCAGCAGCAGCAGUGGCAGCAGCAGCAGCAGCAGCAAUGGCAGCAGCAGCAGCAGCAGCAAGCAUUUUAUCAGCCACCCUUAAGGGGAUUCACGUUACAGCAAGCAGCAGCACUAAUGGAGCUUGACGGCAUGGCUGUCAGGCUGCACCCGAAGCACCAGCAGCUGCUGCAGCAGCAGCAACCGCAGCAGCAGCAGCAGCAGCAGCAGCAGCAGCAGCAACAGCAGCAGCAGAUGGCAGGAAUGUCAUACAUACCAGGGCCUCGAGAUGAAUGUUGGGGGCCCCCAUUCAUAAAGACAGGUAGCGGUGCUGCAGCAGGUGCUGCAGCAGCAGGUGCUGCAGCAGCUGGUGCUGCAGCAGGACCUGCUGCCUUAGGUUGUUAUAGUCAAGCAGCAGCAGCAGCAGCAGCUGCUGCUGCUGCUGCAUCAGGCUUCUUACUCGCCUUUAAUAACAGAUUGCCCCCCCUGCAGCACCCAAGGCAGAAAUGGGGGCCCCCAACAUUUUCCCCUCGGGCCCCUGAGGCCCUUGCUGCAAGGCAGCAGCAGCAGCAGCAGCAGCAGCAGCAACAGCAACAGCAGCAGCAACAGCAGCAGCAGUUCGCGAGUUUCAAAAACAGAACGCAUGCAAGAGAGGCGUUGUAUCAGCAGCAGCAAACGGUAUUCUUCCGGCGUUUGCAGCAGCAGCAGCAACAGCAGCAGCAGCAGCAGCAGCAACUGCACCAACUGCAGCAGCUGCAUCAACAGCAGCAGCAGCAGCAGUGGAGGGAUAUGGAGUUUGGCGACAGGAGGCUGCUUUCCGACUGGCCAGGGACAUCUCCUGCCUUCCCUCUUGUUAAUCAACGUCAGCAGCAGCAGCACCAAAGGCUGCAGCAGCAGCAACAGCAGCAGCAGCGGCAGUAUCAGUAUCAGCAGCAUCAGCAGCAGCGGCAGUACCAGAAGCAGCAGCACCACCUCCGAAUGGAUCCUGCUGCUGCUGCUGCUGCUGCUAAUAGGGAAGAAUAUUUCCCUGAUGGUUUGCCUACGUCGGUGUAUGCUGACUGGGGCCCCCCUACUCCGUUUGCUGUCUCCUCCCAGCAGCAGCAGCAGCAGCAGCAGCAGCUGCGACUGCGGCAGCAGCGGCAGCAGCAGCAAAGGAGGAGUGAUGGAAGGGGCCCAGCAGCAGGAUGGCCUGCUGCUAGCAGGAACAGGAAGCCUCCGCACCUGCAGCAGCAGCAGCAUCUGCUGCAGCAGCAGCAGCAGCAGCAUGCAUAUAGCAUAAGUGAUGCAAGGAGCAGACCCUUGUGGAGACAAGAUGGUCAUCCUCCUCCAGCAGCAGCAGCAGCAGCAGCAGCUGCUGCUGCUGCUGCUGCUGGUGCUGCUGCAACAGGUACAACACACCAAGCAGCACCAACUGCACCACCACCACCACCACCACCAUCACAACCAGCAGCAGCAGCAGCAGCAGCAGCAGCAGCAGCACAACAACCAGCAGGAGGAGGUGAAGGAGGUACAGCAGCAGCAGGUGCAGCAGGUGCAGCAGCAGCAGCAGCAGCAGCAGCAGCAGCAGCAGCAGCAGCAAUACCAUCAAUUGGCUGCGCAACCUCUUAUUCAAAAUUAAUAAAAUUUUUCAAAGAUGUUGAAAAUCAGAAAAAAACAAAUUUUUAA